GGGGGAGAUGCUAUCCCAGUGAUUUAAAAACCCAAUUGUUUGGGAUUUCUAAACCGAUUGAAGACAAGUAGGCAGAGUCUGAGCAGACUUCUUUUCUCUCUUCUCCCUGCUGCGUGGGGGGCACAUUCUGAGAAAGGCAGGAGGUAAGGGGGAGUGAGACUUCUCACUUAGGGGCUGUCUGGAGGCCGGAUUUGUCCUUAGUGACUUUGAGGUGGGUUUAUCGAGGAUCACCAGACACUUUUCCCACUAAGCAAUUGGACGCAUGCUGUCUGCUACCUGCGAUUAUGUAGGGGUCACCAGCAGUUAACUUCUAAAUAUUCCAGACACAUCCGCGCCCCUGACAUUUCAGGACCUGAAGCUGGUGGAUCAUCAGAGUGUGCGCUUCCCUCAUCAUGCUCGUAUCGGUGCCCUGCUGGUCCUGUUGGCACGUUCUCCUGUGCCUGCUGUGUGCCCUGCUGGACAAAGGUUGCUGCACGUGGACCCCCGGCACCCAGUACAGAUACUCUGCGGCACUGCAAGUCAAAACUAGAGAGUCGCUCACUUCAUCCAGAAGGAACUGGUGCUCUGUCCCUAUCAGUCGAACAGUGUCGUGCCAAGUCCAGAACGGCACCUUUUUGCAGAGAGUGUACCAGAACUGUCACUGGGCAGCAGGCUGCUCAGGGGGAAGUUAUAGGACUGUUGUCAGGCCAACCUAUAGAGUCAGCUACAAGACAGUGACCAUACUAGAGUGGAGAUGCUGCCCAGGAUACAGAGGGGCUAACUGUGACGAUGGCCCUGGAUCCCUAUCAGAGGUGCAAGACAGUCCACGGAUCACUACCACAGUUCGUAAAAUGCCCCCUAGGGAUGGAGCCACCUUCUCAGGAUGUCUCAACUGCAGUCAGAUUCCAGAACUAAGUGAACGCCUGAGCACUUUGGAAGCCAAGGUUGCCAUGAUUGCAGCUCCCGAUGUGGCACAAGGGACUCAAUCUCUACCUCAGUCGGCGGGGCUUUGGGGAAGCCCACAAGCACGUGGUGGUCCUGGGGAGGUGGGCAUAAAGGGAUCUAUGACACCAGCAUCAAGAGACUCCUUUAUAGCCCAGGAAGGCAUGAGCACAAGAAAAGGCCCAAUAGGGCCAAUAGGUACUCCAGGAGGCCAAGGAUCUCCAAUAAAAGGCCCAGCAGGACCACCAGGUCCUCCUGGUGCUCCAGGUCCUCCUGGAAGGGAUGGUGCAGCAGGUUCCCCUGGAGAGAGAGGUCUUCCUGGGCCAUCAGGUCCCCCUGCUCCAGCUUACCAGAGGCUUGCAGAUCAGGAUCUUUUUAAUUCAAAUCGAUUUUCUGAAAGUGGAGGAUACAAUGCCCAGGGACCCAGAGGUCCCCCAGGUCCAGCAGGGCCGCCAGGACUACAGGGAAAAACUGGGCCACCUGGAAUGAUGGGUCAAAAUGGGUUACCUGGCCCUCCAGGAAGGGAUGGCUCCAGGGGAGAGAGAGGCGAUACUGGUCUAGUUGGGCAGCCAGGAGGACCUGGAACUAAAGGGGAAAUGGGUUCUCCUGGACAGAAAGGGGAACCAGGAGAGAGAGGGGAGCCGGUGGUCAGCUUAGCCUCCUUCCUCCAGCUUCAAGAGCAGCUGGAGCUGCUGGUUAAAAGGGUCACUCUGCUUGAGUACAUUAUGUGGCCAGAGACAGAUGGAGGCUCUGGAACAGAACCAUCACCAACAAGUUCCAGUGGAUUUUAUCGGGGACGCCGCAAUGGACCAUCAGCUUACAGAAUUUUGCAAUCUCAAAAUGAUGAGGAGGAAGAUGACAGCUUUUGAUGGCUAUUUUCUGCUGCUACCUUUAUAAGGCUUACCCACCAUGGAUCUUUUUUGUGCCUUAUAGCCAUACUUUACUUAGUGUAAAGGACAGGCACACAGAAUUUUGGCUUCUUGCAAGCAGUCUUCAUCAAAAAGCUCAUCUCAGGCCUGAAGCUUAGGAUCUUACUGCAUGAAUAUUAAACACACCACAUAGGUGGUUGUUGUACGUUAUUCUGUGCACAGCAGGACAUGUAUAUAAAGUAUAUUCAUUCAUACCUUUAACGUAUAGUACAUUCCUUAUAAUAUUUAUGGUGCCAGGAAAUUCAGCAACAUAUCAUCAGCACAUCAAGUUGCUGGCGCAGCUGUGUAAAAAGAAGGCUUGUUGCAUUUGUAUUUACUGAAGAUGAUAAUGCUGGACCGAGAACCUGCAAUGGUGCAACUGCCGCCUUUGUUGUAAAUAGGAAGGAAAUAUUGUAUUAUUGUUCACAUCCAAACAAUGUUAUCUUUUCUAUGUAUUGUUUAAUAUCUAUUUCAGCAAAAUUAUUAAUACCUGAUGAAAAGAUCAAAAUAAGGCAUUUGCAUACUGAACAAAAAGUGACGCGCCCAUUUACUGCAGAUCAUGAUCUAGCGUUCAAUUAGUUGUGCCAUUCUCUGGUUACUAAAUCAGUUACUGGAAGUGGCCUUCAAAGUAGCUUAUGGUUUAUAUAAAUUCUUGUUGCAGCACACUGAUCAGCUUUGAACAUGGUUCUUCUCCAUGGUGACUGCCUCCUUACUGUGCAUGAGUGUAGUCGCAAGGCAUGAAAGAGGUCUCUGAUGUGCUUGGUGCAUUUGCAUAAAUAAUUUUUUGCAUAGUAGGAGGCAAUCACCAUAGAUAUUAUAGGUAAUGAUGAUGUGAUGAUUAUAAAUCUAGAAGUGUGCUGUUGCAUGCGUGUAUACAUAACCCGAGGUACUACAUUGUUAUAAUUAAUACUGCACAAAAUACAUGAGAAAAGGCUCAGAACUGGUUUGUUAUUGUUUAUAAUAUAGGUGCAUCUUUUCAUUAUUUGUUUUGUACACCUAUUGUAUCAUUAUUUGAUAUCCAUGAUGGGUAAAAACACUUUUUACAAAUAAAACAUUUUUAUUGAGCUC